GGACUAGUGACGAGUAAGUAUGCGACCGUGAUGUCAAGUGCGCGGACGUGGCACGCGGCACCGGCGAGAUGUGUGGUCCCGAGCGCACCGGCGAGGCGGCCAGCAUCCCAUAUGUGGAUGUCAGGAUGGAGAGAUCCAGCCCUGAGCGCCACUGACAUAAGGUGUGAAUUCAGCUGAGACUUGAGCUAUCAGGAAAGUCCCAGGACUGUAAAUCUGAUCCGGAAGUCCAGGAGGUCCUGCAACUCUGUGAACGCUGAUCCAUACUCCAGCUGCCCCAAGAUUUUCUUGCAGGAUGGCAGCUACCUGGCUCGCCAUCUUUCUAAUGCUGGCCCUUUCCUCUAUCUACUGCAUUGUUUCCCAUCCAAGCCCAGAAAUGUGGUUUCAGGGUCUCUUUCCACCUAGUGUGUGCCUUGUAAAUGCCACUGCCAACAUCUUUUAUGGCAUCAUGUUUGACGCAGGAUGCACCGGGACCCGAAUUCACAUUUACACCUUUGUGCAUAACAAACCAGAGCAGCCUCCAGAGCUGGAAGGGGAGAUCUUUGAGUCGGUAAAGCCAGGUCUUUCUGCUUAUGUUGAUCAGCCUGAAAAGGGUGCAGAAACUGUGAAAGGAUUGUUAAAAAUGGCCAAAGCUGUGCCACGUAGUCGCUGGAAGGAGACCCCAGUGGUCCUGAAAGCUACAGCUGGACUGAGGCUGCUUCCAGAGCCCAAAGCCCAGGCUCUGCUCUCAGAGGUGAGAGAGGUCUUUGAGGAGUCACCCUUUCUGGUUCCAAAUAACAGUGUUAGCAUCAUGGAUGGAUCUUCUGAAGGAGUUUUAGCCUGGAUCACUGUGAACUUUCUGACAGGGCAGCUGUAUGGCCAGAACCAGCAGACAGCUGGGACACUGGACCUGGGAGGAGCCUCAACCCAAAUCACUUUCCUGCCACGGUCUGAGGAAACCUUGGAGCAAACCCCUGUGGAUUUUGUCACCUCAUUUGAAAUGUUCAAUAGCACUUACAAGCUCUACACGCACAGCUAUUUGGGCUUUGGACUGAAAGCCGCCAGACUAGCAACGCUUGGAGCCCUGGAAAUGCAAGCAGUGGAUGAACAGAUGUUCCGAAGUUCUUGUUUACCGAAGCGACUGGAGGCAGAGUGGCACUUUGGGGGAGUGAGAUAUCAAUAUGGUGGCAACAGAGAAGGGGAAACAGGAUUUGAGCCUUGCUAUUCAGAAGUGGUGAAGGUCGUACAAGGAAAAUUGCACAAGCCAGAUGAGAUUCGCAGAAGCUCCUUCUAUGCCUUCUCCUAUUAUUACGAUCGAGCUGUUGACACUGACAUGAUAGAUUAUGAAAAAGGAGGAGCUCUAGAAGUGAGAGAUUUUGAAAGAAAAGCUAAAGAAGUGUGUGAUAACUUGGACAGGUACACCUCCGCCAGCCCUUUCCUGUGUAUGGAUCUCAGUUACAUCACUGCCUUACUAAAAGAAGGCUUUGGAUUUGGGGAUAACACACUCUUACAGUUAACAAAGAAAGUGAACAACAUAGAGACAAGCUGGGCCUUGGGUGCCACCUUUCACCUGCUGCAGUCUCUGGGGCUCUCCCAUUGAGCCAGCACCCCCUACAGAAGAUUGGCCUUUCCAGAAGGCAGAGAGGGCAAGUUCAAAUUUCCAACUGCAUAGCUCAGCAGGAGUCAGUCCUACAGGAAAACAUGGAUUGAAGCCAUGGAAUCAAUUCCCCAAGGUCUAAGCAGUUCCCAACUGCAAUGAGAGCAGCCACAGUAGGGUUUCUAAAUAACUUCAUUGCCGUAAUGGAUACAAAAUCUGCCUCUUGAAAGCCAAAGAGCCUAAAUUCCAACUGCGCAGCCUUGAAGUGGAUUGUGCUUAUAAGCAGCCCAGACACAGCUUCAGUGAAUGGAUUCAUAGAUGCCCCAUUGUACCAGCAGUUCAGAGUGCUUGUCAUGCCCUGGCAAAUUACAGACCUUUGGCUGAUGCUUGAUUUUUACAUGUAGAACUGAAGUUUGGCCCAGAGAAUUUUUAAAAAAUAUAAAUAUUCAAACAUAACACACGCAUUCAAUGCAGAGUGAAAUCCCCAACAUGUUGUAAACCUCAGUUUUCGAUGUGUUAGCCCUUAAACUGCUUAAUACUGAGGGCUUAACUUUUCAGGAUUGGCCAGUUCCAAGGCAAGUGCUUCUUGGGCAGGUAUGAGGGGGCUAGGGUGGCUGUCUUGGUCUAGAAGCCUGGGCCUCUCCCUCCCUGUUCUCCCCUCUGACCAGUCUUGAGUAAGACAGAACCAGCAUGGAACCAAAAAUCAGUUCUCUGUUCAGAGGAUCCUGGUUAUGGAGCUAUGGUGAGACAAGAACAGAUGGUUUUUCACUUACUUGAGGUGAAAGGGAGAGGAAAAUGGGAGUAGAGGUAACUUGGUUCCUGUUCAAAUUAGAAUCAGACAGAUCCUUCAUUUCCCUCCUUCAGGUUUGUGUUUUAACCCACUGAACUUUAAGUCAAUAAUAGCAGGAACUAUAAUAAUAAUUUUGCAGGGUUGGGCUGAUAACAUAAGCCUAAGCUGGUGGGGGGGGGGGGGGAAGAGGAGAGAGAAGGAAUGUGGCUGGCCCUUACAACCAUACUCUUCGUACAAGACUCAUGGCAAGUCCCUGCAUUGGGGUAGAGAAUGGUGUCUUAAUAUUUUAUACAGUUGGUCUAUAGAAACAGGGCACUUAAGGAAGGGGUUGUAGCUUCUCAGUAUUUCCUCCAUCCUCUCCCCCAACCCAGGCACUCUGGCAUGACAAUCCUCAGUUGUCUAUUAGAGUGUUUCAAAAGUGGCAAUUGUAAUCUCUCCUAUCCCCAAUGCCUAUGUGGAAGCAAAAGAGAGGUUUACAUUUGGAAGCAAAAAGUGCGCUCAUAAGAUGGCCCAUCACCCAUCCCUGCAGAGGCUCUGUGCCAGCUUGCUUCUUCAGCACAGCCUGGCAGUGGCAGUCUUUUCCCUCUCAUGUUAAACUGCCUGCCCCUUCUCUUCCGCCUGAGGUGAGGUAAAGCUCCCAUAAUGAGCUGAGAAAUUCCCCUGCAACCUCUUAGUAAAACAGGCCAGUCCCUCUAGUGUAAAAUACCUCAGAACUGGCCUGUGGUAUAUAAGGAAUGCAAGAAACCUUUACCACCACAUCCUCAUGCGGAAAUGACUGUCCUGGUAUUAUUUGCCAGAAGUAAUGGCAGUACUGUCUAUGCACACAUUACUAGGAGUGCAUGCAUCUAUUACUACCUAUAAAUCUUGCUUUCAGCAAACUUUUUCUGUGUUGGAAUUUUCACUGACUACAAGAUUGGAUGAAGUGACCAAUAGCCUGGCUAGAUGACAUCCAAGAACUAGCUAUUUUAGUCAUCCACUAAUCUGAGCCCUUCCUGUGACACGUAGCCUAGUGCUGGUUCUAGACCUGACCUUGGGAGCAGAAAUAAGGCCAGCUGCAUCUAGAGCUGGAAGGCAACAGGAGGGAGUGACACAAGGGCAACAGAAGACCUACCACCAUCUCCAUAUGUUCAAGCCCUUGGGAGAACUUGGGGAAAGGACUGAUUGUGUGUGGGGAGUGGGGUAGACUAGAGAAUAGCACAAGUACAGUUCAGAGUAAGCUUUCUUUCUGUGAUUUAGUAUCAAGCUCAGGCACUACAGACUCUGUUGGGAGAAUUUGCUUUCUCUGUACCAAAGUUGCAUUAAGUCUGGAAUGCUCAGAGCAUUGAUCUUUCAGUUGUACAAUUUAACUGAACCAUUACUGCUGCUGCCAAUCAAGGGCCCAAUUGUGCAGUCCUUGCACAAAACUCUGCAGAAUAGAAUCCUAAAUUUUCAUCUGAAUUAUCCCAGAGGUGAGUUGGACUUCACCUGUUUCUUCAAGUCCCCAUACCUACCCUAGUGCAAUGAGAUUUACUAAUUAGCACAAAAGUAGCCUUGUAAGAGAAGGGGCCUGAUCUGCAUCAUUGCUGGAGAGGAGAAAGUGCCUGGAUAAAGGACAUUGACUAAACAGAAGUGACUGUAGAGCUUAGGGCUAUGUCUAUACUAAGAGCUAGGGGUGUGAUUCCCCUGCUCGUGUAUACAUAUUCGUUGAGCUAGCAAGUGUAUAAGUAGCAGUGUAGCUGUGGUAACAGCAGGGGAGUCAUGGCUGAGACAGACAGACAUAGUACAGAGCCGCCUAAAACCAGUGUGAGUAUGUUCUUGGCAUGGCUCAGCUGGGUCUCUGUCACUACCCGUGCUGUCGCUGCUACAUUGUUAUUUAUACUCCCACUAGCUCAAUGACAGCUUGUGUGAGUAUGCAUAAGCGAGCAGGAGAAUCACACCCCUCGCUUGCAGUGUGGGCAUCGCCUGAGAGAGUUUGCUUUCAGUCACAAACUGACAUUUAAAGUUCCCUUUGUAAUGUUAAUUCCUGAUAUUAGUUAAAUGUACAUGAUAGCACUGCUAUAAAAUAUAAAUCCAGUGCUCAUGUUACUUAAUGCUGUAAUCCAGUUAAUUGUCUAAUGCAGGAGCCUGGUGUUUGGAACAUUAAGACAAGGCCACUCAAAUGCCUAUUUUAGUAAUUAAAAAGCUAUUUUUAACAAAAUGUUCUUGGAUUCAAACCUUGGUGAUGAAGUUUUCCUCCUUUCCUUUACACUGUUACUCCUCAGUACCAAAGAAAUAGGAUGGCACGCACAACCCUUAAGACUAGCCAGUUUCCUGAGAAGGGCCCUCCAUUAGACACCCCUCAGCCCUCCCAAGAGGGGGUUGCCUGGGGAAGAGGAAGCAGGCUUGGGCUUACAGAGCCAGUCUUACCCUGAAUUAGCUUCCCUGCUGCAAACCACACUCACCUCUGGCACCAGAUCUUGCUCCAGAAGCUGGAGGCUGACAACCCAGAGGGAGAAUCACAUCAGCACCACAGUGCAGUACAGUGUAGGGAAAACAGUACAUUUACUGCCUCUUCAACCUUAGGCUAAAAGGGCCACUGCUAUAUGAAAGCACGUAACAAAGAUGAUUCAGUGGCUGAAACUACUGGUGCCACAGGACAGGACUUGGUCCUUGGAGAGCAGAACAAACAGAACUUCAGCAAAGAUGAGCGUAUGUUGUAAGAAAAAAUUUCAUUCCUGUUUUUGUUAUUCUUCAAAGACACUAUUUAAAUACACAUUUCCAAACCAGACAUGAUACAGUCCCCACAGGGUUAAAGAUCUCAGGUUCCCAGUCACUGGUGAACUGCAGCUCUAGCUAGAUGGAGAAAUUACUUACUGGCAAAGGACAUAAUUUGCUCCUAGAGAGGGAAAGGGGAAAAAACAAAAAAAACAAGUCACUCGUGAACCAGUGAGAGACACAAAUAUUUAGAAACAAAGCAGAGAAUGCUGCUGCAUCCUCCUUCACUCUACCCCAUGGAUACCAUCUCUCAUUUAAGGAAAGGAAGU